AUGGAUAGAUUUAUCCCACAGGCAACAUCAAAAGAGGUUUAUAAUUACAAAAAUCAGCUUUUGACAAAAAAUAGCAAAAGCAAAGGGCAGAACCCCAUCUCUGUCGAUUCCGAACAAACAUCAAUAAUAUCAACAAAUUUUUCCCCCGACAGAUUUUCUUCACCUGAUAUCCUCUUCAACAAUUCAAUAAAUCAUUAUAAUUCCAUUGGAAUGAUCGAUAGUGAUAACACAAAUACCAUUGACAAUAACGAUAACAAUACAACUGUCUCUGAUGGUUCUCCAUAUUCGAAUGAAUCAAGCAAAAUAACAGCACAAAUUUCAUCCUCUAAUCUAUAUUACAAGAAUCAUAUUGCUAAGAGUCUUGGUUUUAGUCAUUGGGAUACAAGAGUCUUGAAAUAUAGAAACGAGAAUAAACUGUCUCCAAGAAAGAAAAAAAUUAAGAGUAAUCAUAUCCCACAAGAAGAUACACCACUGUUAUUUAAUAGAAGACCAAAUAAAAGAAAUCAAUUGAAAUCUCAUAUCCCAUAUAGAGUACUAGAUGCACCAUGUCUAAGAAACGAUUUCUAUUCCAAUUUAAUCUCUUGGUCUCAUACAAGUUCAAACAUCUUGGUCGGUUUAGGUUGUUCUGUUUAUAUAUGGUCCAGUGAUAAAGGUGCACAACAGGUUUUGAAACAUGAUUUUUUGAAUAAAAGAAAUGAUUGGGUUACAUGUGUCUCAUUUGCACCAAAGGGAUCAGAUAAAUUUAUUGUUGGUACUAAGCGUGGUUGGAUAUAUUUAUUUGAUCAAAGAAAUCUCAACUCUGGGUCCCUUUCUUCCUCUUCUUCUUCCCCUUCUCCUUCCCCUUCUUCGUAUUCUUCGUCAGAUACUGCUAUUUCGCCAGAUAUUUCAACUAAUUAUCUAAAUGACGACAAUCAAAGUAAUGAAAUCAUUGGUCGGUUUCACUCUAAAUCAAUGAAGAGCAUAACUUGUGUUGAAUGGCUCAACAAAAAUAAGAAAAGAAACAAUAGUGGUAGUGGUAGUUGUAGUAAUAUUAAUAGUAAUAAUAAUAGGAAGUGCACUCCUUUUCAAGAAGGGUUUAUUUUUGGUGAAGAAAAUGGAUAUAUAAAUUUGGUUCAUAUAAUUAAUGAGCCUGUUUCGUCUAGAAUUAAGUUGAUAUCUCGAUUUAAAGCGCAAUUGCAACAGGUUUGUGGGAUGUCACUGAAUUUUGAUGAUCAACAGAUAGCUGUAGGUGGGAAUGAUAAUUCAUGUUCACUAUGGGAUAUUACAAACCAUAUGAAAAGCCCUGUUCUAAAAUAUACUUUUUUUCAUAAUGCAGCAAUAAAAGCAGUUUCUUUUUGUCCAUGGUCUAAAUCCUUAUUAGCAACAGGGGGUGGUACUAAAGACAAAGUUAUUAAAUUUUGGCAUACAGAGACAGGGACACUUAUCAAUCAAAUAAAGACAGAUAAUCAGAUUACUUCCUUAAUAUGGUCGCAACAUUAUAAACAAAUUGUUGCUACAUUUGGAUUUGGAAAUUUAAAUAAACCUUUACUAUUGACUUUAUAUACGUAUCCAACGUUAGAACCCAUUGUACAGGUCCAAAUACCACAUCCCUUAAGGGCAUUAAGUAGUUGUAUUUCACCAGAUGGUUCAUCUAUUUGUAUUGCUACUACUGACGAGACUAUUAGAUUUUAUGAAUUAUGGGAAAGUAAAGAGGAUAUCCUAAUAAAAGAUUUGCAAGAAAAUGGAAUCUAUGGUUCCUCAUUAAUUGAACAUCUUGAAGGUAUUAACUAUCCUCGUAGAAGAACUCACAAUGGUAGAACAAACCAUCUAAGGUAA